GUUUCACUAUAACUAUAUAAGUAAACAUAUCCCAACCCUCUUCUUCAUACUUCAUAUUUUAGAAGAAUGGUAUUUGCUGUGAAUCAGAAGAAGAAGAAGAAGAAUACAGGAGAAGAAGAAGAUGGAAUGCAAUUGAGAUUGGGGAAAUACGAGAUUGGAGCAACUCUUGGUGAAGGGAAUUUUGGCAAGGUUAAAUAUGCUAAAGACAUUCAAACCCAACACUCUUUUGCUAUCAAGAUCAUUGAUAAAACCCGCAUACUAAACCUCAAAAUAUCCGAUCAGAUAAAGAGGGAGAUCGCUGCAUUGAAGCUUCUUAAACAUCGUAACGUGGUUAGAUUACACGAGGUUUUAGCCAGUAAAACCAAGAUUUAUAUGGUCUUGGAAUACGUCAAUGGAGGCGAAUUAUUUGACACAAUUGUAUCAAAUGGAAAGUUACCCGAGUCAACUGCCAGAAAGUUAUUCCAACAGCUUAUUGAUGGUGUUAGUUACUGUCAUGACAAAGGUGUUUUCCACCGUGACCUCAAGCUGGAAAAUGUGCUUGUGGAAGCUAAAGAAAACAUCAAGAUAACUGACUUUGGCCUUAGUGCAUUGCCCCAACAUUUUAGGGAGGAUGGGUUAUUGCAUACAACAUGUGGAAGUCCUAACUAUGUUGCUCCUGAGGUGUUAUCUAACAGAGGGUAUGAUGGAGGGGCAUCAGAUACUUGGUCUUGUGGUGUCAUCUUGUAUGCAAUGCUUACAGGGUAUCUACCUUUUGAUGAUAGAAACCUAGCUGUGAUUUAUCAGAAGAUUUCCAAAGGGGAUGUGCGAAUGCAUAAAUGGAUGAGUCCAGGAGCAAAGAGUCUUAUAAAGAGAAUUCUUGAUCCAAACCCUAAAACAAGGAUAACAUUGGCAGAUAUUAAAGUAGAUGAAUGGUUUAAACAAGAUUAUACUCCUGCAAAAUCUAAUGAAGAUGAAGUUUUGUCGAUACAAGAGACUGCUGUAGAAAAUCAAGAAUCACCUACCCAUAUCAAUGCUUUUGAGCUCAUUGGAAUGUCUUGGAGCCUUGAUCUAUCGGGUUUCUUUGAGAAAGAAGAUGUAUCAGAGAGGAAGGUUAGAUUUACAUCUACUCUUUUACCAAAGGAAUUGUUAGAGAGAAUUGAGCACACAGCAACACAUAUGGGAUUUAAAGUUGAAAAACGGAAUGGAAAGUUGAAAGUAAUAGAAGAACAUAAAGGCUAUAGAGAGUCGGAUCGUUUAUCAGUUACAGCAGAAGUGUUUGAAAUAAGUCCAUGUUUGUAUGUGGUUGAACUAAGAAAAAGUUGUGGUGAGGCAAGUGUAUAUAGAGAGUUAUGUGACAAGUUGCUAAAGGAAUUUGCGGUUUCAUCAAGUCAGGAACAUUUGACAACAAAGUUGUUGGAAGCUUCUUAGGUUGGACAUAACAAGUGUAUGAAUAGAUAAGUCUUUGCAAUAAAUAGGUUUGUUAGUUUGGAAAUGUAAAUAUCAUGUUCAUAAUUUAUGGGUGAAUUGUUUAUAUAUUUAGAGUUAUGGUUUUCCACC